AUGAGAAAUGGUACAGUAACUACAUUCAUUCUGCUGAGACUGACAGAUGAUCCUGACCUGCAGGUUCUGAUUUUCAUCUUUCUAUUUCUCACCUACACACUGAAUGUAGCUGGAAACCUGACGAUCAUCACACUCACUUUUGUGGAUUCUCACCUUAAAACACCCAUGUACUUUUUCUUAAAAAAUUUCUCUUUCUUGGAGAUCUCAUUCACAACUGCCAUUAUCCCCAGAUACUUGUAUAACAUAGCAACAGGUGACAAGGUCAUUACCUACAAUGCUUGUGCCACCCAAGUGUUUUUUAUCGACCUCUGUGGAAUAACAGAAUUUUUCCUGCUGGCGGCCAUGUCCUAUGACCGCUAUGUGGCCAUCUGCAAACCCCUGCAUUAUGUGAUCAUCAUGAGCAGCAGAGUCUGCAGGGUUCUCAUCAUAUGUUCUUGGAUGGCUGGUUUAUGUGUAAUAAUCCCACCCCUUAGCCGGGGCUUAACUCUAAAAUUUUGUGACUCCAACAUGAUUGAUCACUUUGGCUGUGAUGCAUUUCCCUUAGUGAAAAUCUCAUGCUCAGAUACAUGGUCCAUGGAACAGACAGUCAUCAUCUGUGCUGUGCUGACCCUAAAUAUGACUCUUACCUGUGUAGUUCUCUCAUAUGCUUCCAUCAUCAAGACAAUUUUCAGAUUCCCUUCUGUUCAACAAAGGAAAAAGGCCUUUUCGACCUGUUCCUCCCACAUGAUUGUGGUUUCCAUCACCUAUGGCUCCUGCAUUUUCAUCUACAUGAAUCCUACAUCAAAGGAAGAAGUGACCAUUAAUAAAGUUGUUUCACUGCUCAUUUUUUCUAUUUCACCUACAUUGAACCCAUUUAUUUAUACCUUGAGAAACAACCAAGUUAAGAAAGCCUUCAAAGACUCAAUCAAAAAAAUUGCCUUGCUCUCGACUAAGUAA